AGUCCCAGCAGCCCCUGUUGGUAAAUGACGACACCGAGGACCCGGAUGUGGUGGAUGCGGACGACAUGCGGUUCUUCACCGUGGAGGAUGCCGUAGAGCGGGUGGGCUUCGGCCGCUUCCAGGUCAUGAUCAUCUUCUUCCUAGGUGCCUUCGCCACAUCGAACUCCAUGGCAACGAUGUUGAUUGCCGUUUUGGCUCCCGUCCUGCGGUGUGAAUGGUGGCUGCAGAACUGGCAGGUGGCGCUUUUCACAACCAUGCUGUUUUUGGGAAUGUUGGUCUUCAGUAUUCCGUUCGGCACAGUUGCAGACAGGUACGGCAGGUGGCCGGUUCUGUGGAUGGUGGUCUUUGGAUUGGUUUGCUUUAACUUCCUGACGGCGUUCAGCCCGAAUUACUACUGGGUGGUCAUACUGCGGACCAUGUUGGGAGUGACGUUUGCCGGGGGGACGCAGAUUGAUACGUUGUUGAUGGAAUUCAUGCCGUCCAAAUACAGAGCGAAGGCCCAUCUCAUCUACGCCAUAUUUUGGUCUUUAGGCGGAUCGGGCACCAUCAUGUUGGCGUACUUGGUGGUACCGACGCUGGGGUGGCGUUACCUCAUAGUGUUCUCCUGCAUUCCGGGGUUUUUCGUCCUUAUAUUUUUCAAGGCGCUACCAGAGUCAGUCCGCUUCUACAUGGCGGCAGGAAAAAGAGUCAAAGCCCUACAGGUACUGCAGAGGAUGGCAAGGCUCAACAGGGCAACCCUUCCUCCUGGAAGACUUGUCAAGUCAUCUGAGGCGCCUCGUGGUACGAUGAAAGAACUGUUCAAAAGAAAGCAUCUUCGCACCUUGAUACAGGACAUGAUCUUAUGGUGCGGCGCAGGCGCACUGUACUACGGCAUCAUCCUUGUCAGUUCUGAGAUCAUAGAGAGUAAAGCGUCCUGCACAGGCUCAGCUGUCCCCGCCUCCUCUGACGUCAUCCCCUGCUCCUGUAAACCUCUCACCAGUAAAGACUACAUCUCCAUGAUCGUCUCCACGUACGGGGAGUUCAUCCAAAUGCCGAUCAACCUUCUCCUGGUGGACAUAAUCGGGCGGAAGCUGACCAUGACGUUGAACCUGGCCCUGGUGUGUACGUUCUUCAUGCUGCUGAACCUGUGCACGUCUGCUGCCUGGACCACCUUCUUCGUCUUUGGUGCUCGCGCCUUCAUCAGUGGCACUUUCAACAUAGUGUACAUCUACACAGCAGAGUAUUUCCCAACCAAUGUCCGAGCUCUCGCCAUGGGGACAUGCAGCGCAGUCGCAAGGGUAGGAGCGAUGACUACCCCCUUCAUUGCACAGGUUUUACUGAACUACUCCUUGUCUCUGGCGCUGUACGUGUACGGGGGGCUGGCCGGCUUCUGCUGUCUGGUAGCCUUGUUACUGCCACAGGACACCAUGGGCAGAAAACUGCAGGUAUCUUAUGUUUGUAAACCAUUCAUGACCCAUUCUUUCUCUUGAUAUGACAGUGUAUACUAUACAGCAUACAUUUCCUAGUACCACGGUUCACCAACAAAGAUGGGUACGAAAUGUCUUUUUAAGUUACCUAUUGCUUGUCUUCUGUCAGUGUAAUAAAUGAACAAACAAUCUCAAAAUUGCUUAGCUAUCUAUGUAUCAGAUACUGUUUUGUGGAUUAAUCUAUUCUAUAUCUUUUCAGGAUGAUGUACAUGUGGUUUCCACAGAUCCCCAGCAGCCCAGAGAAGAGGCUGCCUGAAGGACAUGUGUUGGCAGCGGUUCAGUUCAUGAGGGAUGGUGGUGUGACUGUACUAAUCAUUUUAUAAUGGUGUUCAGAGUCAGUUGUUUAAAGAUGACAAGCUAAAUCAAAAAUUCAAGCUUUGAAAGAUCCAUGUCAUAUUUCUGUACAGAGGCAAAAGCUAAUAUUGAGGUAUAUCAAAAGGUACUUAUUUUACAUUGGUCUAAAAGUCUCAGGGAAAAUGGCAGAUGUACAUGUAUUUUAUUUUUAAAAAAAGUUUAAAAUAAGGUUCAAAUGGGAUGGCUGGGAUGGAUGCACAGAUCUAAGGAGCACAAUGUACAUAUCAUGAAAAUGUGCAAAUUUUAAUAAUGGUUGGUGUAUGGUUAUUUCCAAA